GAAGGUUGGCUCCAAACUGAUGACUUCAUAGCAAAACCUCGCCGGUUUAUGCUAUGCACAGAGGACUUAGAUGCAGGUUUAUGCUUAGCUGUUCGAGUAUGAAAUGAAAAGCUCUGAGAGCAUUGAGAACACUGACCUCAAUCACCACUGUUGAAUCUUCCAGCCUGCAAAAACCCCUCUCAAAUUCUUCUCAUUUCCACCGAUUCUACUCGGCCCAGGCUCAGCAUUACGAUGGCCCCUCGCCGCCAAACCCCGAGGAAUACGCCGCCGAACAGGAUGCUGCUGUUUUUGAUAGCUUCCAUUUUGCUGAUUUGAAUCUCGAUCCGGAGGGCGGAGAUAAUACGGAUAGCAGUGGUGAGAAGCAGACGUGGGACGAGAAGUACAGGGACAGAGUGAAAAGCAAAGUGUUUGGGGAAGAUGUUUCGCAUUCGAGAAUUUUGAGGAGAGAAGAGGAGAAGAAGAAGAAGAAGGCAGGGACCCUCGCUCGGGCGCUGUUAGAAGCGGCUUUAGAUGAAGAUGAUAAUGAGGAUGCGGAGGAGAGGGAGGUGAAGGAGGAGGAUCAGAAGUCUUUGUCUGUCGGAAUUAUUGGGGCUCCUAAUGCCGGAAAAUCAGCCCUCACUAAUUGCAUGGUUGGGACUAAAGUUUCAGCUGUUUCGCGGAAGAUCAAUACCACCACGCACGAAGUGUUGGGAGUUUUCACUAAAGGAGACACACAAAUUUGCAUCUUUGAUACGCCUGGGCUUAUGUUAAAGAAAAGUGGAUUUCCUUAUAACGAUAUAAAAGUUCGCAAUGAAAGUGCAUGGAGUUCCGUUAGCUUGUAUGAUGUGCUGAUCGUCAUAUUUGACAUCCACAGACAUAUUACUAGACCGGAUUCGCGGGUGGUGAGAUUGAUAGAAAGAAUGGGUUCAAUUAGCAACACAAGCCAGAAGCGUGUGCUAUGCAUGAAUAAAGUUGGCAUGGUCACAAACAAGAAAGAUCUGCUCAAGGUUGUAGAAGAAUUCAGAGACCUUCCUGGAUAUGAAAGGACUGAAGGGUGCUGGGAUCAAAGAUCUCACUCAGCAGUCAAAAGACUGUGGGACGAAGAUCCAUUUUCCACGAGUGAAGAAGUUAUGAAGAACAUAUCGUUAGAAGUUGUGAGAGAAAAAUUGUUGGACUACGUGCAUCAAGAAAUACCAUAUGGCAUCGAACAUCGCUUGAUGGGCUGGAAAGAGUUGAGAGAUGGCUCUCUCCGGAUUGAGCAACAUUAUAUUUCAUCACUCCCAAAGUCAGCCAACGGAAAAUUUUAGUAGGGAAGAAGGGCUCCAAAAUAGGAGGAUAGGUUUGGAAGCUAAUGAGGAGCUACAUUCCAUAUUUAAGAGGGACGUUCAUCUCAUCCUCAUCGUUAGAGUCAAAUAACUCUGCACAUGAAUCACUUCAAACUUCUAAUGUGUACAGAAUUGGUCUCACAUACCAUACUACACAUUAGAACGAUCACUCAGCUUCUCAAGAGUCAUAGCCAUUUCAAUAGUUGAGUGAUUCUCUUUUUGGCAUCAUAAGGGACUGAUAUGCUUUAUGUAGUAGUUGAUAUUGCUGUCAACUAAUUUACUCAAGCUGAAAGUCCUCCUUUUUUUUUCUAUCAUUCAUUUUUUGUCCCAAUUUGGAAGCACGUUUUUACCGUAACAAUUUGCUUGUGAAUUGUGAUUUAACAUUUUAGAUGAGAAAUUUCCAUACGUUUUAUGACAUGACAAACAUUAUUAUUGCUUAAUACAAUAUCUAGAAGGCAUUGCAGUGACAAUCCCUGAGGUUUUGGCCAAUUAUAGAAAACCCAUCUAUCGUUCUACUUGUUAACUAAUGACAUUAUGAAAUCAUGCACAGAUGAUUAAUUACUACACAUUAGAAGGAUCACUCGGCAAAAGGCAUGCAGCCUUUCCUAAGAAACUGGACAAGGCCACAUAACACACACAAUCAUUACACAUAAACUGCAAACCAAAACGACAGCAAACAAACCACACACACAAUCACAAAGCCUGCAUGCUAAAAAUGUCUUAGCAAUGAUAAUGAAUCUGUUAUCAUGAUCACUAGUUAUCAGCCAUCAGCUAGCUAGCGUAAGUAUUAAACGGCAUCGUGAGCUGGUGGAGCAGACCCGUAAUGGGCACCGCAAUCCUCGGCCCAUAUGCAAACCCAUUAAGCUCGGCAUCAUCUUCACUGUUGACAAAGAGGCACGGUGGGACCCACGUCCAGCUCUUGUCCCCAAAGUCGAACAUGAUGGCCGCCUUUGAGCCCUUUACCAUGACCAGCACGAAAUCCCCUCCGGCCACGCACCCGAACCCCCUCCCUCCCUCCAUCUCCGCAAACUGCCCGUAAAGCUGCUGUGGCAUCCUCUCGAUCUCGGCCCACGCGGUCCCGCAGUCCUGCAGGGCCCACAGCCUCAGACUCCUGGGCACGUUGAGCUUGCUCUUCUCCACGGCCGCCACUAAAAGGAGCCUCCCCCGGCACUCGACCAGCCCCGGCGACCUGAGGAACCUGCGCAUGGGCGCCUGAAUCUUCCCCCAGCGGUUCCCCGCGGCCUCGUAGGAGAGCACGCUGUAGGGGCUGUAGUUCAUGCAGUAGAAUCGUCCCCCACCCACGUCAACCAUCCGCCCAGACUCCAGGCUGCAAAGCCUCGGGAGAGCCGCCGUCGUGCCCCAUAUCGAGUAGAACCCCCCCGAAUCCACGUGGAAGCUCUCCGAGGUCAGGUUCUUCACCGCGUACGGCGAGAUGAGGUCGUCUCCGGCGAGAAUCAAGUCGAUGGAGGAGUCUGUCACGGCCAUCCCCACCGAAGGGCAGAGCCUCGCUUUAAGAGUGGACGGAAGUUGGAUUAAGUUCCCGACGACGAGCGGGUUUCCGAGGAGGACGGUUUUCGAGCCGCCGUCGUCUGAGACCCAGCAGACGAGCCCGCCGGAGGACGAGGCCGGAGAGAAUCCCGGCGGGACUCCGGGGAUCGGGAGGCGGUACCAUUUCAGAUUCUCCGGGUCGAGAAGGUAGCCCACGUGGGCCCGACUCGGGUGGUUUUUGUUCUUGUAGAUGUUGUUGAGGGUGUUUUGGUGGUUGAAGAAGAGGAACCAGUGGCGGCGGGGGGAGGCGUGGAGGUAGAGCUCCAGGAAGGUGGGGGAGAAGAUGAGAGAGUACCAGCGUUUGCAGACGGCUCGCGAGCGGAAGAAGGCCGGUGGAGGGAGAGAGGCCAGGAUUCGGUCCAGGAGCCGUUGGGGGAGGCGGCUCCAUAUGCGAGGGUCCAUCCAUGGACUUGCCAAGUUUCCGGUGUUAUUAUGAGGGAUGGAAGUGAAAGAGUAGGAAAUGUUGGGGAUGCUUAUAGGGGUGUAAAAAGGCUCCAUUUCUGGUGUUUACUUUUCUUUUUCAGUGCAAUUUGGGAAAAAAGGUAUGGGUAUAACUGCAACUGUUUUCUGUAAUAAGGCAGCAAGAAAUUAGUGUCUGUGUGAGAUGUAAUAACUCAAAGUUCUAAAUUUCAGACUAGUGUGCUUUGGAGAUAAUUGAUUAUGAAAUUAGCUAGCUUUUGUUGGCAUANUUCAGUCU